UUUGUCCCUGCCUAGAAUGUGAGCAAAUACAUCAUUUUGGCUAUCUUAUGUAGAGCUGAAUUUGGUUUUUCCGGUGCUCUCAUUGUCACUGUGAAGCUAAAGGGUAUCAUACCCUGGAGAUUGCGGAGAGAGUUCCAUAUUUUUGAAUUGUUGUGUUUCAAACAUCAAUUAUAGGAUUAGUCCUCCCCAACGUUCAUCUAAAAAUCAUCUUUAACAACUAGAUUGCUUAGAGGACUCAGGAAGUUGUUAUGUCCAAGUUUUCGGCCCCAUGUUCUUUAGACCUUUGGGAAGCUUGGCCAGCUGAUCCACUUGAAUCCAUCCACCGGUCGAAUCCUCCUAAUUUAACUGCAUAGAAUUUAUCCUCCCAAAUGGUAGGAUUAGUCUACUUGAAUCCAGCAAUCAUCUCUCAUGGAAAACCUAGGAGCCAUGCAGUUCUCUGUAAGCUAAGCAAGAGUUUAUAGAAUAAGGAAGUGUGGGUUGUGCGUAGGUCAACUAUGGUAAUCAGGUUGUUGACAUUAACAAGUUGAAAACGAAUCCUAUAGCUACAGAGAGUAAACAUAUUGUGGAAAAAUAUUUCAGAAGAUUGAAGGUUGGUGCUCCAGCAAAGAUGGCAAACAAGAUGAAGUCCACAAGGAGCUCCGGCAGAGUCGAGUCCCGAAGUUUCAGACUAGCAGUGUUCAUCAUCGGAUGCUUGGUGCUCUCCACUUUUGUUGUCGUCUCUAAACCUCAAAUAGAUCCUUUUCUCACUAGGAGUUCAGAGCCAUUAAAGCCCAUAGGUCGGAAUAAUCUUGGAGCCAAAGGUACAGCAGAUUCUCCAAAAUUGGGUAUGAAGGGAGAGAAUAUGAAUCGAGGGAAGCCAUUGUGCCAUGUUUCAGAACGACGAGGAGACCUGUGCAUAAUGGAUGGCGACAUUAGAAUUCAUCAGAACACUUCCUCCAUUAUACUCGUGGAACCCAGUGGAAGAAAUGAAUUAUGGCGAGUUAGACCUUACCCACGCAAGGGAGCCGACAAUGACUUCAACCAAAUUAGAGAACUGACGGUUAAAUCGAGCAAAGAGGCAAUACAAUGCACCAUAAACCACAGCAUCCCUGCUAUAGUCUUUUCAGUCAGUGGAUACACAGGAAACCUCUUCCAUGAUUUCACCGAUCUUUUGGUUCCCCUCUUCUUAACUGCUCGCCAAUUCAAUGGAGAAGUCCAAUUCAUCGUGACCGACGUGAAGCAUUGGUGGAUCGACAAGUACCUGCCCGUGUUUCGAGGGCUCUCCAAAUACCAACUCAUCGAAUUUGGCAGGGACGAUCAGGUUCAUUGUUUCAAGCACAUGAUCGUGGGUCUCCGACGCCACAAGGAGCUAAGCAUCGACCCCACGAAGGCUCCUCAUGGGUAUUCUAUGGUCCAUUUCACUCAAUUUAUGAGAAGCACCUACGAGUUGGGGAGAGACACCGUAGCUAGAAUUGAAGAAUACCCCCAUAAGAAGCCAAGGCUGCUCAUCAUAUCAAGGAAGCAGUCACGGGCGAUCACAAAUGUUAAGAGGAUAGCUCAAAUGGCAGAGGAAUUGGGCUAUGAGGUGGUUGCUGCCGAGGCCAAUUCACUGUCUAAUAUUACUCGUUUUGCCCAAAUAGUUAACUCCUGCGACGUGAUGAUGGGAGUGCAUGGAGCUGGGCUCACCAAUAUGGUGUUCCUCCCACCGCAAGCGACGGUGAUCCAAAUAGUACCGUGGGGCAGGCUGGAAACAAUAGCUAGGAAGGACUUUGGGGACCCAGCCAAGGACAUGAAGCUAAACUACUUGCAAUAUAGUAUUAGUGCACAGGAGAGCACUCUGAUGAAGCUGUAUCCUAGAAACCACCCUGUGUUCAAGAACCCCUCCUCAUUCCACAACCGUGGGUGGGAUCUGGUGAAGACUACGUUCAUGGAGAAGCAGAACGUGAAGCUUGAUUUGAGCAGGUUCAGGGAUGUUCUGUGGAAAGCCCUCGAGAAUCUCAUGCAGUAGAAGAGUGCAUGGUGGCAUUAACCUCUUGGAGAACCCCUUUUCCAUGUUUGAAUUCAUUCUUUGUGGUCAAGAAUGUCGUGUGCUUAAAUAGUGUCGCAAGAGAGAGAAGGCUAUGGUGCAAUAAAUUACAAAGUGGUGGACUAAAUGUGAAUCUCGAACUAAGUACGCCACUAUAUAUGUAUACCCUUUUUCUUCUUACAAAAUUUUAUGUUUGAGAGGUUUUUUUUUCUUUUUUCUUUUGUGUUUUUGGAAAAAGAGAUGGAAACAUUUUUGUCUUAAAUUGAAACAAAUAAUAAAUCCAGUGGCAUGGUUAUUUCUUGGUUAGAUUGUA